CCUCUUCCCACGAAGCGCACGCUCAAGCAGUUCGGUCUCUUCUGUGGCGGCGCCAGCUUCAUGGUCUUCUCCAUCAUAAUCUCCCGGCGCGCCGUCGCAAAGCACAUGCGCGCAUCUCAGCUCAAAUUCUACCAGCCGAAUCAUAAUACAGGGAGGAGGGGCGACGCUGCAAAGGAACUUGAGGGCCGUAAUCCCCUCGUAGCCUUUGAGGCCUUGAAUCUAGCUACACUCAACAUGAUUAGCUUUGCCGUCAUGGCCACAGGCGGGUUGUCGUGGGCCCUGGACGUCUCCUCUGUUGACGACCUCAGGAGAAUGGCAAGGCGGUCAAUGGACCUUCAGGGAGGUGACGCAGACGAGGCUGCCGAGAAGGAGGUUGCUGAGUGGGUGGCCAAAAUGCUGGGGUCCAAGGAGGAGGCGCCCUCGAAAGAU